AUGGCAAACAAGUUUGGAUUAGGGUCUUUACCUCUAGAAUCUAAAAAUCCCAUGAGUUCUACGGCGUUUAUAAACAAAGCGAAACCUUUUUUCGUGGAUCAAAUCGGAGACACCUUACAAGGGGAUAUCGAUAUGAACAAUUUCAAAAUAACUAAUUUAAAGUUUCCAGGAAACGAUAACGAUGCCGUGAACAAGAAAUAUUUACUGGAUCAAAUAAACGCAAUUCAAAUAGAUAAGGACCAUGUUGAAAACAGAAUAAAUGACGUGAAGAAAUACUUCAGACGAAAUAUUAAAAAUCUUGUGAACGAACCCAAACUACAACAAGAGUUAACGAGUUUGAAACGUCUUAUUCAAGUGGAUAAAACAAGUGAGUUGAUAUCUAAAUUAGACGAUAAGAUUACGAAGGUAAAAAUAGACGUCCAACGUUUAAUAGACAACCCAAAUGUAAACGAGGAUAGAUUGAAACGAAAACUAGCCGCUUUGGAAAGAAAACUUGGCGAAUUGCUAGCAGAACUAGACAAGACCGCGGACAAAACCGAGUUACAAAAUUCGAUAUCCAAUUUGAACGAAAAGAUCGCGAAGCAAAAAUCAGAUGUUCAAGAUAUAAUUAACACACUUCCCAUUGACAAAGAUACGUUGAAACGACAAUUGACUGCUUUGGAUACUAAAAUCACGGACGAAUUAGAAAAAGAAGUGGGUGUGAUUAUUUUUUGA